GGCGUAAUGUGCCUGAGUUGUGGACGAUUGUGGACAGCCUUGCAGAUAUUAUGGAGUACACUUUACGUGAUUUGUGGAGCUGUCCAGCUUAUGGCUGGAAUAUUUUUCACGAUUUCGGUACCUGAGCUUCAACUUUAUUGUAUUUUGGUAGCAGGGUCAUGGAACAUCAUCAUUGGCAUAUGUGGAGGGAUGGUUGCAUGCAUCGGAGUUUUGUCACCUAGAAGACAGGAAACUUUACUCUACUUGGCCGUUUCGGUUCUGAGUAUUGCAUGCGUGAAUGUCAUCCUAACGGAGUAUCGAAUUUAUAAAACCGACAUGCCGAAACUCCUGAAAAGUUAUUCGAAUCACAUGCUCAUCGAUUACGCGUGUUUUGUGACGAGAAUCGCGACUGCCGUGGUAUUGCUGGUUUCCUUCGUCGACAGUCAGUUUACAUUCUGCUCAAUGCAAGCAGUGCCCAAGAAAAGGAAUAAAAAACUGCGUGGGUCGCACGAGCAAGUGUCUGAUAUUGAAUACAUCAUUCCUAGGCCGAAGAAUUCGAAACCUCACACGCACACGGUGUACAACGCUUACGCACAAAGUUGGGUGUUCGACGCGGAGAACCCGGGUUCUUCUCACGCAACUUCCGAAGAUGGCCCUUACUUCAAGGUUUUGCAGAACGGAACGCCGAAGAAGUCAGGGAAGAGUUCGCACAAAAAAUUGCAAAGUCUAUUGGUGACGGAAAACGGCGGCCACUCAAUAGAUAACCCCGUUGUUCAAAUAGAAGAAGCUUCUGACGACAGCACAAGUAACAGCGAUAGAAAGCUAUGCUACAUGAAAAGUUUUUCACGCUCACAAUCUCCUGUAGUAUCUGCUAGCUCGUCUCAAAUGAGUCUCAACCUGAAUCAAUCCAAUAAUCCGCCAAUUUAUGAAUAUCUAGAGAAAUUAACCGAACCCACAUUAUAUCGCUCCAGACUGAAUACUGCUCUAAGUAAUAAAGAAGAAGAAGAACUCCACUACCAAGCUCCUCAGUCUGUUAUUAUGCGCCGUGUCGAGCCAACUAGCCCUCAAGUGGAGAAGGUUCAGUACGCCUCGCUCAUGAAAGAACUGCAAAAAGCUAUAGUGAGCAAGAAAGAGCCCCCUAGUGUCACUUCACCCCAAAGCACCGCUAGUGACAGUGCUCCCACUUCUGAAAAGACCCAAACCUCAAAGAGUAGCAGCCGAUCUGAAGGCAAAAGCAGCGAUGCUGACUUUUCCAAAGAACUAGAGGCGGCUCUGCAGCUGAUUCAAGAUCUAGAAAGCCCUAACACAAUUGAAACGCCAUCCGAGGCGAAGUCUGCGGAAGGCCAGGCUAGACCCUUGGCAGUCUGGCGAAAUAGCGACGCUAGCGAGAGUAGCGAAAAAACUCUUAGUGCUGUAGGAUCCAUAGCUGAAAUCACUUCUCCUUUAACAGAGUGCCAACCCGAAUUAUACACCUUGAAGCCGUCAGUGAACGGUAAGGGUGCUAGUGUUGUUGUCCAUUAUCCUGACUCCCAAAGCACCUCAGGCUAUAGCUCCCCAACUCACGGACCCACCCCCAACUGGUCGACAACAUCGAGCAUCAACGGAAGCAACCCCGAAAUAAAACCCACAUCAUACUCCAUUCAUAAUACCAAAUCAACCACUGUCAUUUCAUUAUUCUCCUCCCCAAAUAACACCAAAGGCAAAUCAGUUACACUAGUCAAAAUAACAGGUGACAACGAGAUCAGUCAUUCGAUUGAUGCCACACAAGUCACAGUCAACCCUAUUAUCCACAAUUCCAAAUUUGUAACAGAUUACGAUGUCCCCAAAAAUACCACAAAAACAAUUACAGACAUUGAUCUGAAGGAAAAGCUAUCGCCGAUUCGAGUAGUGCCACCAACCGGUUGGAAAUUGAAUUCGCUGCUUCGCAAGAAAAAGCAGAACGUCCCGCCAAAACUUGCUCCCGAAUUAGAAGGGGCUAUAAUCAAAUCUGAAAGUUUAGCUUAUUUGUCGGAUCUCGAAUUACUAGCUAGGCACCAGCGCAACAAAGAUCUACAAAGGGAAAUCGAGAAAAGAGUUGUCCAACAAUUGGGAGCUCCAAGGGCGACGAGGACUGAAUCCAAUUGCUGAUACUAGUAGAAACGUUUUCCAAAAGUGAAACCCUCCCCUGUGCUGCUGGCCAGCAAUCGUCCAUUUUUCUUAUCUCAUAUCCGAUAAUUUAUAUUUUUUCAACCAUAUUUGUAUAAUUAUAUUGUGUACAUAUUGUUAUUAUAGUCAUAUAGUUUAUAUUAUAAUUCUAUUGUACAUAUUCAAUUAAUAAAUUCCCUUUUGUAAAGUA